AUGUCUGGCUACUACCCCAACCCAGGCCACAGUAUACCGCCACAGUACUACAACAUCGACCCCAACACCAACAUCCAACAUGCCCCACCAAGUGUAAUCUCACAUGGCUCCUAUACCCCAACCCUGCCAGACAACCCAUUCCAACCCGUCGCUUCUGGUGCCUUUGUGCAGUACGAGAACGUUGGCCAGCCAAACUAUGCCGACCAGUUCGAAGACCUUUCCGGCCCCAUGGGCGCUGCGCAUGGUGGCAAUGGUCGUGCGCGCAGACGGCCAGCGCCGGGCGAGCAGGUCAAACAUCGCCGAACUCGGAGCGGCUGCUACAUGUGCAGACAGCGAAGAGUAAAGUGCGACGAAGCUCGUCCCGUGUGUGAACGCUGCAAAAAGGGUCCCCGCGAAUGUAUCUACCCAGACGCACAAACCAAUCAGAAAUCUACGCGCAGUGGGUCAAAGUCGGGCAAACCCUCCUCCAUCGAUGACCCCUCGUCGCCCGAAGACCACGACGAGGAGACCAAGGACGGGAAACGCUUACCUGUCAUUGUUGACGAAGACGAGGAUGAUGACUACCACUACUACGAUGAUGACGACGACAAUAUGUCCAAGAGCCAAGAUGCGCGCGACUCAUCCCAUACCCCAGGCUCAUUCCUGGAGCAAAGUGCCUCGCCCUCGACUGAAGCUUCAUCCACCGUUCCCCCUCCUGUACGGCCAUCGCUGUCUCGCAAAGGCAGCGCACAGCCCGCAACGGCUGGUUCAACGACGAAGAACCCCUCGUCCAUGGCGCGGGAUCUACAGUUCUACCUUAACUAUUUCAAGAACAACAUGAGCGUACACCACUACUCUCUCAAACGCGACACAAAGGGCUUCCUAAAGGGCGAAUUUUUGAACUGGGUGAUGAAGUUUGAGCCUCUCAAAUAUGCUGUAGCGGGGUACGCCGCAUACUUCCAUACGCUUUCGCAACCGGAUGGCCGCAUGUCAACCUUCCUCCAGUUCUACAAUGACAUCCCCGGCACUCACGACCCGAAUGAUAUUGUCAACCCUUACGAGCCGGAUAUCAUCUGGGGUGGUAAAUUAUGGACCACAAACUACCUGCGUCUGGAUCUUUGGGGCAUUCAGUUCAUGUUCGCCAUCUCGUCUUCGAUGGCUUUGAAGCAGCCUAUUGAUCCUGAAUGGACCAACGAGGCAUACAAAGCAAUACAAGUGUUCGAGGCCAUGUGCGCAUAUCCAGACGCACCGCUUGGUGCGCAACUAGAAGCGCAAGUCAGUUUUGCGAUUUCUGUCAUAUUCCUGCCCAAGGAUGCGAAGACGAUGAUGUGGGUUCGUCGGACGUUUGCCAAGAUCGAAGCGUCUGGUUACGUCUAUUCGGAUGUGCUCCGCAACCGCAUGCUCGAGAUGAUGGGUAUCGGCCCAUCAGAUUGGUGGCUUCCCAACGAUGAAGGCUGUCCUCGGAUAAUCCGAUCCAUCAAGGACUUCAUCAAGGAACGCACACAAGCGCCCAAGGACCAAGUUUCGGACGACCUGCGUGAGAUGCGCGGCAUCUUCAGCUCCCUGACUAUUUCAGACUCGCCACCCUCGGACAACAUGACGGUAACGAGCGGCGAUGGCUUGGGGUCAACGUAUGGCUCUCCGGAUUGGCAGUCGUCAGGCUACGGAAGCGACCGCAAGUCGUCGAAUGCAGAGGCCUACCCGCCAGGGUCGCAGCAGCAGUAG